AGCCACUUCACCGAGCUCAAGUACGGCGGUGACGAGAAAACUCUCCGCUGGUUGGCUGACGGCAAGUCGCAGUGGUCGACUGACCUCGUGGCUGGCACAUGGUACAACUUCGCCUACGAGAUUGACUUCUCGGCAAAGACGGUUGGUCUUUGGACCUCGACUGGAGCGGAGGCUCUGACGAAGGUUGUGGAGCCUGUUAGUGCAGCCACACAGACCGAUUCCAAGGAUUGGCACGUUGGUGAACUACGACUGGACAACGGACAGAAGGGAGGGAAGGAGGAUUGGUUCUGGUCCGGUGUUUACAUCGAGAAGGGCGAGAUCACCACGGCCAUUGCUGGGCCCGCUGCUUAG